AGCUUUUUGUUCGAUGUUGACUCCGAAUUUGGGUCCGGGACGUUUGUUGACUCAUUGUGGUACCAUUCGGGGAUACCAACAUUAAUUUAAUUAAGCUCGAGCAAGUGGUUCUGUUUCUUGAUAGUCUUGCGUCAUGGUGGGGGUGAGGAAGAGCGUAUCUCUUGGUAAAUGAUGCAUCGAUGAACGCCUGUUUGAACUUUGAUGCUGGAUAUAUAUACCUGGGCGCAAGGUUCUGCAUUGCAGUCCUUACUCGGGUCCUUGCAUGGAACAUCACCCAAGUCCAUCAACACGUUAGGGGGUUCCGGCUAUAUGAUAUCGUAGGAAGACCGGUACGCAACGCUUUGACUAUUAGCAGUCGUACAACCAGUCGAUUCACUCACGGGUCGAUAUCGCAUCCGCAAUGUAUCGCGAAGAGAAUCCAAACUCUUAUAUUGGAUUCUUGGCGCUGUCCGUACGCCAUACGGAUGGUAAUAUUAGUAAUAGCAGAAAGAGCUCGUCAUUGCGACGUGAUAGACUCGGAUUCGGGCUCGCUCGCUUCCCCUCCUCGGUGGGCAUUUCUGUUUCCUAUCUCGUGUUCACUGAUGAUAAAGUUGGAUCAUGAUGGUAUGAUUGAGGGACGCUGUGGGCUGUUCCCGGAAACAUGAUGAUGCGAGGGAUGCGGUGGUAUGAUGAUCAAAGUGCCGCUUGAAAUGAUUUCUAAAUU